AUAUAUUUUUUUUUUCUUUUUUUUUGGAAGACAUGCUAAUGGUGAAUCGCAGACCAAUGCACUUUACUUCAGAACCAGGUUCUAGAUUUAAGAAAAUUGUUUAUCCAUUAGGACUUGCCACUUUAGGCAUAUCAGUUUGUUAUCCAGCUCAGUCGGUAAAAAUUACUAAGGUAACAGGGAAAAAGGUAUAUUCUGCAAGCCAUCAAACGUAUGAAACAAUACAGUCAUUAUGGACAAAAAGCUCUUCUGUCAAAGAAGAAGGCACAAAGCUUAGUUCGCAUCUUCAGGUGCUGGAACCACUUGUAGAAGGAGGUAGUAAAAGUGCAGAGGUUCAUAAAACAACCCCUGAAUCUCAGGUGACAGUAAAACUACCUCCUAUAACAGAAUUUGCUGCCAUGAAGACUCAGAGCCCCCAAAAUGCAACAUCUGUGUCAGCAGAAAUAAAAAUUCCAAAUGUGGUCUCAGAUGUAGUGAAGACAACAACAUUUAAACCUGACCCAAGGCUUAUGGAUCAUGGGCAGUCCAACCCAGAAGAUGUGGAUAUGUAUAGUACUAGAAGCUAAGGUGGCUAUUUGCAGGUCUAUGGAAACUCCUAAAGAUGUCAAAUUAAAAUGGAAGGAUUAAUGAUUGUAUGAUUGAUGCUGUGUGUAGUAUAAUUUAAUCGGGUAUUUUCUAAAAUCUCAAUGUGUACAGUUUUGUCCUUGUCUGUGGCAUGUUUUGUUUCUUACCACCUAUAAGAAGUUAACAAAGAAUUCAGUAUUAUGUUAAUUAUUUUGAAUUAUAAUUAGCUUCUUGACACAGAAAAUUAGCUUUUUCUCAAUAUAUGUUUGCAGUAGAGUGUAUCAGGACUGUUAGUGCCAAGUUCUUAAUAAGCAUAAAUCACCCUUUCAGGGAAUAUUUCAAAAUGUAAAUAUAUUUCCAUUUUCCCUCCAGCCAGUUGUUUAAAGAUGGCAAAAAAUCUUCUUU